GAACAAGUGUUCUGCUAAAAUGCAUAUGAAAUAUUGUUACUUAAUUUCAAAAUGGUUUCAUCCUAAUUUUUUGAAACCAUAAAAUAUAAUUGUGAAUAUAGUUUAGAUUCAAAAACAUGUAACAUAUGACUAACACCGCUGCCACCACCACUGCCCUCAUCCACAACUCUCCACCACCACUAACCUCUAGCACCACCACCACCCCAACUAUUGCCACCCCACCUCAAAAAGAGUUAUACACUUAUACUCACUUCAAUGAUCUCUUCGCCUAAAAAAGAAUUAGUCUCGGACUAUCGGCUAAGCCGGGGCAAACCUAAAGUUCAGCGCGAAGGAGACCGCAUUCAACAUAAGAGUUAAAACUGAUAUCUUCGCCUGUGUUUAAUUAAUAUUGUCAUUGAUCAGAUCGGAAAAUGGAGGAGGGAGCAUCAUCAUCAGCAUCAUCAUCAUCAUCAUCAACCCCAAACCCAAAAGGGUACGCGUGGGCAGUUUCCGCCGGAUUCAAUGCCGCUCUUGCUGCCAUUUCCGUCAAGCUCCCUCUUCACCAGUUUGUUAGGUACGGGCUUGUGUUACUGUUCAACGUCACCAUGUGGGGUUGUUAUGUUAACAGUCUCAAAGCUCUCUCUUCUCUUCAAGCAACUGUCACCAAUUUCGCUACCAAUUUCAUUUCUUCUGGUUUAGCUGGUUUCUUCUUCUUUCGUGAACCACUCUCUUUCCAGUGGUUUGCAGGUGCCCUACUCAUAAUAAUUGGUGUGGUAAUACUUAGCAACUCAAGCAUUAAAAAGAAGGUUAACACUGAUUAAGUGUUAUGGUUCAGCGUGGUACCUUUCAGGCUCAGCUUGUUAAAGACAGAGGCUAGCAUCUGCAACUAGAAGUAUAUUUUGAACAAGAAUUUGGAAUAUCAGGAACUGUCAAGUUUGAUCAUUUGCAGGGUAUAUCACCUCACUGAAACACACACGGCACAAGUUGUGUCUUUGCAUUUGCCAAAUAUAACUCUUGUUAUAUUUCUCAUUCAAGUUGUUAUUAGCCAAAAGCACCUUUUAGUUGCA